AUGCAUUUCGUGAAUCCCUCUCAAGCAACCUGCAGUUGUGGGUAUGAGGACGGCAAGGGAGUCCAGCCCAUUCCUGGGACCUACAUGGAUGGACGAUUUGUGUGUCUUUCGGCCCACAGCAACGACGAAUUGGUGAAUCGCAUCGGAGUUGCAGCUGGUCUGGGCAAAACUGAAGUGAUGCCGAGCUUCUGCGGCCAGGGAUCCAGAUCGAUGAGAAGGAGAUUUUCCAGCCUUUCUGAAGGUGCACACUUCCCAGUGGUGUGCGAGGCUGGGAUCAGUAUGAUCUCAGUAGUCAGUCGCUACACACACCUGGGUGGAGUUCUGCAUCAUCGCGAUGUCACCAAGGGGGAAAUCUCUAGAAGGCUGAGCAUUGCACGCAGCGCAUUUGCCCAACAUCGAAAGCUCCUGUACAAGAAUACACAACUGGCAUGGGACAAAAGAGUUGAGCUCUUUCAAACUCUGGUCCUUAGCAAGUUGACCUAUGGCCUUGAAUCCUGGACCUUUUCAUGCCAGCGAAGCCGCAAUCAUUUCCAUGCAGGAGUCAUGAGACUGUACCGCAAAUUGUGUCAGGAUGCACACGAGAGUGAUGUUCGAGGUGUGUCCAAAGACAGCUGCGCAUCGCCGGUGUCGUUGUCCACGACGGAGGAUCGCAGCUUCUCGGAGAGUUGCGACUCGCCCGUCUCCCUCUGCGCUACGGAGGAAAACAUGGAAACUGUCUCAGAGGAAGUUUCACCCAGAACUUCAGGGACCGACGGCAGGAGAUUGUUGUCGAAAGGGCCCAAAGGAGUUCGGGCAACAGCUGGCGAUCCCCUCACUGUGCGGAUCAUUUCGUACAUGAUAAACCUUUUGCUCCUGGGUGCUGCCACAGUGCAGCUAGACUCAGGUCGACGCAUGGGCACGGCAGCAAUUCUCGUGCAUGGGGUUGUGAGUCUUCUGGAUCAUCCCUAUGGGUAUAUGGCUGACGAGGUGCGAUCGGUGCACUUUACUUUUACUUCGUCAGCAGCUGCGGCUCUAAACACUGAGUUCCUUGCAGCUGUCGCACCAGCCACCUACCUGACUUUUCUUGCCAGGUUCUCAGCGACUCCAUUCAGCGAACUCCUCGAAAUGGCCAAGCCGUUUAGUGCGGCGGCCUAG